AUGGGAUUGCUCAGUGACAAGAAGCAAGAAAGCUACGAGCUGGUGGACUCCUCCCAGUUCAACGACAUUGAUUUGGAGCGUGGAGAGGGCCAGUCACAAGAUCAUCAACCAGAACAAACUCAAUCAAGAGUAUCUAGUGAAAGCACCAGAUCAACAUCUAGAUCAUCUAUUAACUCACAGACCUCUGAGCUUCUUCAAGGCAUCAACAGAUACACAGAUAUCAAUGAUGAAGCCGAAGAUUUCACAUCAAGCUCAGGUUAUUUGAAUGCUAACAAAGGUGGUGUAAGGAGAAAGUUAUGGAUUUCAGUCAUAUUCGCUGCUGUCGUUGCAUUGUGGGUUGUGGGAUUGUUUGGCUAUUCAGUUGGUGCAAAAAAAUCAAAUUAUCACUAUACCCCUUCAAAGACUUCAAAUCAGUCAAGUAUAUCUACAUCCACAACGCGGCUCAAGAUUCCGACUAGGACCGCACUCCCAUUGGUAGAAUAUGAUAUACACAAAGAGCGUGAUCCACUACCCACAGAAUCAAUUGUUGGUGAUAUCAUUAUUGAACCUAUUGACUUUUUGGACUCUGGAUCAUUAAAUAUUACCAAAGAUGAAGAUGAAGGUAUUUAUUUAUCAAGUGAAAAUAGAGCUUUUAUAUUAAAGAAAUCAUCAGAUAGACAAUUUCAACAGGUGCUGUAUGACCAGGAUAAAUUUAGCCAUGAUAAUCAUGAGCAUGAAAUAUCAGACUUUAAACCAAGCUAUACUGUUAAAUAUGCUAUAGUGGGUACCAAUAAAGAAGCUGAAUUCAGACAUUCUGGUAAAAGUCUUUAUUGGCUAUACAAUAUCGAGUUGAAAACCUUUCAACCGUUAUCUAAGGAUGGAAAAGAAUCUAAAUUGUCACUGGCUAUAUGGUCUCCUAAAUUCAACUAUAUAUCAUUUGUUCAAGAUAAUAACUUGUAUGUUUAUGAUGUCAAAACCUCAAAUGUCAAACAGAUAAGUACAGAUGGUAAAUCAGAUAUUCUGAAUGGUAAAACUGAUUGGGUAUAUGAAGAAGAAGUUUUGGCUACUGAUUCGGCUAUAUGGUGGUCACCAGAUGAAUCUAAUCUGAUAUAUAUGAGAACAGACGACACGAAAGUUAAAGAUCAUGAUUUAGAAUUCUUCAUUGAAGAUGAUCAAUUUCCAAAAGUUGAGAAAUUGAAAUAUCCAAAACCAGGUGGUGCAAAUCCCUUAGUUUCAUUACACAAUUAUAACAUACAUACCGGUGAAAAUAAAGAAGUUGAUAGAUCAGGCUCUACUUUGGGUGAUGAUUUUGUUAUUUAUGGAUGUCAAUGGCUUGAUUCAGAAAACUUUAUAGUUAGAGAAACAAAUAGAGAAUCCAAGAUCCUAAACUAUAGGCAUUUAAGUUCCAGAACGGGUAAAACAAGUAUUAUUCAUACAGUUGAUGCAUUGAAGGAAUACAAUGGGUGGAUCGAGAAAUUUAGUGAUAUGGUACCAAUCUCAAAGAACGAGAAAUUUGGUCGUUCAAACUUGGGAUUUAUUGAUACGAUAGUUGUUGACGGGUAUAACCAUUUAGGUUUGUUUGAAAUAACUGAUGGAAAGGCAAAGGUUAUACCAUUAACCAAAGGAGAUUGGGAAACUACUAGUGGUGCUUUAGCAUAUGAUCAAGAACAAAACAAGAUAUUUUUCACUGCUAAUAGAAGAUCUUCAUUUGAAAAUCAUUUAUACUCUGUUGAUAUUGGGAACCAAAAUAUGACAUCUUUAACAGAUACAAAUCAAUUGGGUUACUAUACUGUUUCAUUCUCGCCAACAUCAAGACAUAACGUUAUUACAAAAGAUGGACCUGAGCUACCAUUAAUGUAUGGUAAAGAUAGAUUACAUAAAAGAGCUAGUGUACAUAAUUUCUUCGGUGAAGAUAUCUCAUACCAUAAGGUUAAAGUGGAUGAAGAUGAAGAUGGAAAUCCAGUGACAGUCAAUGUUGUUGAAGUUUUACCAAAAGGCUUCAAACCAAACGGUACACAUCCCUUACUUGUGAAUGUUUAUGGUGGACCUGGUUCUAAGAAGGUUUCAUCCAAGUUCCAAAUCUCAUUCGAAGAUACUGUGGGCUUAAAAACAAAUGCAGUGAUCCUUUAUAUUGACCCAAGAGGUACUGGUGGUCAAGGUUGGAAAUAUAGAUCAUGGGCUAAUGGUCACAUUGGUUAUUGGGAACCAAGAGAUAUAACAGAAGUCACCAGAGAAUGGAUUGACUCAAGACCUUAUAUCGAUGAAGACCAAACUGCAAUUUGGGGAUGGUCUUAUGGUGGAUUUUCAACUUUAAAGACAUUAGAAUUUGAUGGUGGAAAUGUUUUCAAAUAUGGUAUGGCUGUUGCACCAGUGACUGAUUGGACAUUAUAUGAUUCUAUUUAUACCGAAAGAUAUAUGGGACAACCUAAAGAUAAUGAAGUUGGCUAUCAUGAGUCUCGUGUUAAUAAUGUCUAUGCUUUUAAAGAUGUCAAAAGAUUCUUGGUCAUGCAUGGAACAGGUGAUGACAAUGUUCAUGUUCAAAACUCAUUGAGACUUUUCGAUAAAUUUAAUUUGGCCAGCGUUGCAAAUUUUGAUAUGAAAGUAUAUCCAGACUCUAAUCAUAAUAUUGAUUUUCAUAAUGCAAAUGCUAUCGUUUACAAAAAAUUAGAAACAUGGUUAGUUAAUGCUUUUGAAGGUCAUUUUGAUAACCUUAUAUACGCCUAA